AAAUUAAGUAUUUAAAUUAAAUGGAACAACAUAAAGACUUUUCUGCAGAGAUAAUUGAAGACACUUGUCAGUACUUAUCAACGAAUGGGAUUAUGUUUAAAGAAGACAAACUCAAGGACACUUUCAGUUAUAUCCCAGCCCCUGUGGCUCUAAAGCCAAGUCCUUUUUCUAAAGAUGUCUAUGAUAAAAUUAGAACCAACCAAAGUUCAGUGAAUUUGAUGAUGGAAAGACUUAUGAAGAGCAUCAGUCUGGUACAUGAAGUAUUAGCACCUCUCUCAAAGAUCGAUCCUUUUAUUAAGAACCUACUUGAUACUUCAAUUAAAGCAAAGGAGACUACUUACUCCCAAUUGGGAUACCUCGGAGUUCUGCGCACUGAUUAUAUGGUUGAUGAGGAAUUUCAACCCAAACUUGUAGAGAUCAAUACAAUAGCUUCAGGUUUAGGCUUCAUCAGUGAUAAGAUGAAGGGACUUUAUGAGUAUCUCAUUGACAAGCAUUAUUCUUCACUUGAUACUCAGAAUUUACCAGAUGAUAGUAACAACACUGAACAGAUUGCUGAUGCAAUAAAAGGAGCUUUCGAGCUAUACGAAUCUCAAUGAUCAAGCCCAGACAGGAAGAAGAUACUCGCCUAUAUCGUCGACUACGAAGAAGCUAAUGUCUGUGACCAGAAACUUAUUGAGAAUAUGCUUUAUUAUCGCCAUAAAAUUAUCUGUAGAAGACUGACUUUUGCAGAUAUUACUAAAUCGUGUGAGCUGACCUCAUCGGGAGAGCUUAUCUAUAAUGGGCGUGAAGAGAUAGCUGUAGUUUAUUAUAGAACUGGAUACAGUCCUUCACAGUACCUCGAUCAAUCAGACUGGGAUGCAAGAGUCACUCUGGAGAAGUCUCUGGCUAUCAAGUGUCCUAGCAUUGACUUACAUCUACUUACUUUUAAAAAGAUCCAAGAGGUACUUUCCAAAAACGAGCAUUGGUAUAAAAUGAUCGGAUGCUGCAAUUUUAUGAAUAUCAAUGGACUUUUCCACGACCAAAUGUGGGGAUUUGACGACUUAGAUGAAGAGACCGAAGCUGCAAUGGAAGAUGCUAAGCUAAAUCCUGAUAACUAUGUCCUGAAGACUCAGAGAGAAGGAGGAGGCAACAACUAUUUCGGAGAUGAUAUCCCUUUUGUUCUGGAACAGACCGAGAAGCUAGAUAGUUAUUCAUUAAUGAGAAAAAUCAAUGCUCAACAAUUUGAAGGGGCUUUCCUCGGCAAGGGGAAAGUUCUUAAAGGAAAAUGCCUCAGUGAAAUAGGCAUCUUUGGGACAAUUCUAGUCAAAAUUGGCUCAAAAUCUGAGAGAGAAGUGAUUAUCAACAAAGACACAGGAAUUCUCAUGAGGACUAAAGGUGCGAACACCAAUGAAGGUGGGGUAUAUGGAGGCUUCUCUUUCAUUGAUUACCCUUAUCUUCAAUAA